GGACCUAGGAGGGGCUUUCUGCUAAAGGACACUGCUUAGCAUUGAGAAUAGUUCACUCCACUCCCUUACGGACUACUGGCUCCCGGAGUUUUCUGCAAUGCUGCCACGGUGUCCCCUCGCAGGAGGCCAACAUCUCAGCACGGGACCUUGUGCACCUCCACGCUCUUCAGGCUGAAUUGAAGAUCCCUCUUAUUCGCAGGGAGCCAAGAACUAUGAACAGACAGGGCAACAGAAGGACAACAAAAGAAGGAUCCAGCGAUUUGAAAUUCCAGAACCUCUGUCCGCCGAAAAAUAGGUCAUGGCCUCGAAUCAGCAAUACCACAGGCCAGUACCAGGCUAUCGACGAGCCUCUUCUGGAACGUGAAAGGAACUUUGCUGCGACAGUUCUGGAUGGAGCGAAAGACCACAGGGAUGGCGACUAUGAAGACCCUGAGCUUCACAUGGCAGAGGCGUGGCAAUCGAUACAAAUUCUACCAGCCAGGCCUAUAAAGGAAUCGGAAUAUGCAGAUACACGCUGUUUCAAGGGUGUGAUGGACACUCCCCAUCCCCUAGACAUCAAGACCUCUGUCCCCACAGAGCGCCAUCACUGGCACACACAGAUGGGGCUAGAAAAAGUGGACAAACCCAUUUCCAAGGAUUCCAGAAACCAACAUGUUAAAGGAGACAGACCCACAAAGGGAAACAAGACUCCUUUACCACCUCCUCGGCCACCUGCCACUCUUCCAAAGAAGUACCAGCCCUUGCCCCCCCAGCCAGAGAGCAGCCGGUCACCCCUCCCUCAGAGGCUCAGCUUUCCCGACGUCCAGAAAGGGCCCAGGCAGAUAAGCUUAAAGGACUUAAGUGAGGUCCUUGGAACAGAGAGAGUUCCUCAUUACCAGAUGAAGCCUGAAUCAAUUCACCUGUCACAAAAUCAAAGCACUCCAGAGAUUCCUCUUGCCACUGCCAGCUCGCCAUUCGUGAUGAGGAACCACAGUGUGCAAGACAGAGGUGGUUUCCAGAGUUUUCUUCUUAAUGAACGUGAUGGUGUUAUGAACAAUACUGGAGAAGUCUUCCCACGUACACGACACGAUCAUAAAGAAACAAUGCAGUUUCAUCCUCCUCAAAGAUGUCAGUCUCCAGCCCGCUACAGCCCUCAGGAAAAUUUACUGCACUAUAAAAACACAAGCUGGAGAAAACCUUUCCCCACGAGGUCUGAUGAAAAGACACUAAAGAUAUUUAAAUUUUCAUUAACUUUCUUUUCUGUGUUUCAGAAGUUUAAUUCAGUGGAAGACAUCAUUGAACACUACAAGUAUUUCCCCAUCGUACUAAUUGAUGGGAAAGACAAAACCGGAAUCCACAGGGAGCAAUGCUACCUGACUCAGCCCCCCCUCUUCAGCAGGUGCUUCUCACCCUGGUAGUCGGGGUUUUGUUUUCUCUGCAGUUCACUGGCUCCAAUACCUCUACCCACUUUUCAUUUAUUUCAUUUUUUAUAAUAAUAUUUUUUAUUAUAUUAUGUUAGUCCCCAUACAGUACAUCCCUGGUUUUCGAUGUAAAGUUUGAUGAUUCAUUAGUUGCGUAUAACACCCAGUGCACCAUGCAAUACGUGCCUUUAUUUCAAAAGAUGAUAUCCUGUGGCUUUGAGGGAUCACCUCUUUGACCGGAGAAAAGAAAAACAUUCUAUAAUGGAAAUUGGUAAAUCGAUCUCAGUUUUGCAAGUUCAAACCACAGAAGAAAUAUUGAUAAGAAGCAAAAAUAAAAACAGGCUUUUACAAAAUAUUUUCUAAAGAGGAAAAAAAAAAUAUUUUCUAAAGAGGAAACCAUAAACAUGGUCACCAUGCUUCCAGGUGAAAAAUAAAGGUGACAAGAAGCUUUGCUUAGAUGUUUACAGCUAGCACAGGACAAAUCUAUGUGAGACGCCCGAAUCAUAAAGGACCUGGUCCUGCCUUCAUUUCAGAAGUGGUAGGACCUGUGAAGGUACAAUGUUUUUGAGAUUCCUUAUGCUGAAGAUAUUGCUGAAUGUAAGCUCUAUUUUAUUUGUAAUCCUGGAAACUCAGUUGUAGGGAAGGAAUGUAGCAGAAAAGGAAAGUGUUUGCAAAUAUCACCUGUAAGACAGAAAUCAGAAAUGCUUUUACUCCAAGGUGAAAGGGCCGUGGGCGCAGUCUUCAGGACUCUUUUGAGUGGCUUUAAGACAAAUGGAAUUAGCAGAUUUGUAGUAAGGGAGUAAGCCUAAGUCUGAGUGAAGGUAAUUUUUUAAUUCCAAUUGUGGACUUCCCUUCAAAGGAGGAGAUAGUAUCCUCAGAUUAGUGCUACUUUGAAGGAACAUUGCAUGCUUCCUGAUACUGUGCCCUCCUAAAGCUAAGAGGAUUUUAUUUUAUUCCUAUUUUACAAUACAAAUGAGGAAUAAGAGGCUCGAGGAGGUUAGUGGUCUCACUCAGUGUAAGAAGGGAGCCCUUAUCUUUACCCACUUUGCCUGGCUCCAUCCAAGUAAACCUUCCCAGGUACAUUCCCUGUGGAAUUUAACCAUCAAGUUGAAAAGCUAAGUUAAAGGGAGAGACGCCAUUUGAAAAUACAGAUUCACCUGCAUUGAAAUACAUAAAUAAAUAAACUCUUUAGUGGAGUAAGUUUUAAAAAGAGAGAGAGAGAGAGAGAGAGUUCUGGUUGAAAUCAAUCUACAUAAUGACUUCAAAUGUUACCAAAGCCUACCAAAGGGAGAGCCUUUGGACUGUGACGUGGUCCGGCCCCUGUGAGAGGAGAGCGAGAAGGAGGGAGACGUGAGUAAGAAAACAAUCCAGCUGAGAUGCAGCUCCGGAAGAGUCCUGGCCAGCCUGCUGGUAUGACCCAGAGCAAAGCUUGCUCACAGAGGACAGAGUCCCAUGCGAGGCAGAAAGGGCUAGGUCUUAGUACAUACAACGUCAUGUAAGUCAUUCCCAAAGGCUUUCCGGGAAAACACGACCUUCGGAUGCUAUGGGAGAUCCAGAAGAUGCUGCAGAGGGAGGCUAUCAGAUAACUCACUCAUCAGCAAGUUCCUCUUUCGAGGGAGAGCCAAGUGGCCCACCUCCAUGCCUGUCACAGUGACUCUGGUUUUCAGUGUUGAUUGUAAUAGGGACUUAUUGCUCAUAAAUAGAUUACUGAAGAAUAAGAAUAUACAUAUUUUAAUUGUACUUGAUUCUCACAACAGUUCUGCAAAGAAGGCAGGACAGGUAUUCUGAAUCCACCGUAUGACUGAGGACCCUGUGUCUCCUUGGCCCAAAUCUUAUGGUCAUAUAGUCAUGGCUAAACCAACAUCUUCAGACAGAAUUCUAUUCAGUGUCUAGCUGCUUAUUGGAUCUGUAAUUGAAAAAGUUCAAUGAUUUGGGUUUCGCUUGCCCAAAUUCCAAAGGGGUUUAAUUCCUCUUCAACUAGUAUUUCAUUUUCAGUGAAAAAGUAUCACUUGAUUCCUAGUUGCCAGAGUAGUGAAAUCUUAGCUUUAUCUGAUUAUAGCAUCUAUGCAUUCAAGACAUUUCUUGUUGACUAAAUAACUAUCAUUCUAGCUCAAUUUCUAUAUUCCUCAUCUUUAAUAAUACCUUGCUAUGAGCACUUGCUAUGAGCAUAGCCUUGCUAUGAAUGCAUAUGCAUUCAUUGCGAGGCACUCUUGAGGACGUUGGAAUUAUAGUGGUGAAUUAAGUAGAAGAAAUAGACAAUGAAAAAGUACCCAAUAAAUAAGAUAAUCUAUCUUACUGUAUUUCCAUUUGAACACUUAUCACUGAGUGCUUGUCAGUGAGGCCAACAUCAGACAUUUUGAUGAAGCUUAUUUGAGAUGUUUUUUUAAAGUUCUGUACCAGAAAAUUUUAAAUUUUUCCAAAUUUACUUAACGGAAAAUUCCCCCACUUGGGUAUAUGUGUGUGGGAGAGGAUGUGGGUGUGUGGGUGUGCGUUUGAGUAACCACAUUGUAGCUGAAAUCAGUUAAAUUUUCUCUGCUAAUGACCAGAGAGGAACCAAAUUUUACCCCAUUAUCAAACUUAGCCCAUUGCCAUGUAUGUGUGUGUAUACACAUAAACAUAUUUUUUAUAAAAUGGUCUGUAUCAUAGAUGACUAGCAUUAUAUUUGUAUAUCCGUUUUUCUAUACUAAUAUUCUUUCUAGCUAAGCACAUUCACUUUCUUGAUUUAUAGCUGUGCUAAAAUAAAUGAAAGCAAAUAUGUAAUUAAAUGUCAUAAUAUCUCUGUAGCUGAGUAUUAAAGAAAGGAAUUCAAAAUAUAGUUUAAUUUUGUUCAUUUCAUGCCCUAUUAGCCUUUGAGUCUUUCUGAAGUCAUAGUUAGGAUAAACUUAUGACAAAAUUUCUGGAACGAUUUUUGACAUAUGAGCAUUAGCCCAUGCUAGAUUUGGGGAAUAAAGAUGAAAAGACCUAAUCCCUGUGAUUGAGGGUUAAGAGUCUGGCAAGCAAGAUACACAUCCAAUUAAAAUCAUGCAACACAGAAUAACAGAUUUACUAAUUCUCUCCCUUGUGCCACCAUUGCAUUAGUAGGCAGAAAUGGAUGUGUGGGGAGGAUGUAGUGAGGGAGACCUGCCCAGGGGAGAUGUUCAAGCAAAGAGUUGAAGGAUGGCCCUAGAACCCAAGCAUUAGAGGUACAAAUACUUUGUCAGUCUAUUUCUGAGUACUCUUAUCUUUAGGGCUCUAAUCUCAGCCAUUCUGGUCACCAGUCAAGCAAAAACUACCUAGUGAA